AAGAAAACGCACCCAUGGGGUACGUAACCAAGAGUUAUUUUGUCUAUGUCCAAGUGUCAUGUCAUAUCAAAAACAUUUUCCUUCUACUAUUUUGUUGUUCAACAAAGUUAUUUAGAAUGUUCCUUGCUGUAUAUUAUUAUGGAAAGUCACCAACCCGAACAUGACAAAAACGGGUUGCCUGACACGUUUUGGAAGACCCCACAGCGCGUACCGGGCAGGCCCCAGCGGGGAGUGGAGGUUAUGUCUGGCUCCUCUUACCAGCAGUUCCAGGCGUCGGUGAACGACGCUUGGGACCUGGGGGACGACGAGAUCAUAUCAGGGAUCGCGGAGACGAAGAUAUCGAAAGCCAUAUCGCAUACCGCCGCUUUGAACGUUAUAAAUUCGCAUAGGAAUAGUACUAAGAAUGUAAAGACAGUGAAGACUGAAGUGGAAAGUGAAAAGGAGAAGAGGGAGGAUGCGGUGCCAGUGAGGAGGAGUGAGGGGCGAAGGAGCGGGCCCGGGGGCAGCGCGGGGCCGCUGAGGCACUAUCCUGGGCGGCCGCGGGCGGUGCGGCUGUCGGCGCUCACUUCUCGAGAGGAGAGCAGUGAAUCUAAGCUGGAAAGGUUUCAGCAGCUGCAUGACAGUGCCGUUAUUAACUUGGAUGAGCUGAAGCAGCUCAGCUGGUCUGGGAUCCCAGUAAAGGCUCGUGCAAACACAUGGCGCCUGCUAGCCGGCUACCUUCCCGCCAACACCGAGCGUCGCACCGAGACUUUAGAGCGCAAGCGAGCGGAUUACAAGCAUCUAGUGAGACAGUACUACGAUGCAGAGAGGGACGACGAUACUUACAGGCAGAUACACAUUGAUAUACCACGGAUGAGCCCGUUGGUUGCACUCUUUCAACAACACACAGUUCAGGUGAUGUUCGAACGCAUCCUCUACAUCUGGGCGAUCCGGCACCCCGCCUCGGGAUACGUGCAGGGCAUCAACGACCUCGUGACACCCUUCUUCAUGGUGUUCCUCCAGGAGGCCAUACCUGGCGAAGAGCUGGAUAACUACCCUCUGGACAAGCUGGAGGAAGCGCAGCGGGAUGUUAUUGAAGCAGACUCUUUUUGGUGCCUGUCUAAGUUUCUGGACAGUAUACAGGAUAAUUAUAUAUUUGCUCAGCUUGGGAUUCAGUAUAAGGUGAACCAGCUGAAAGACCUGAUCCGCCGCAUCGACCUGCCGCUCCACACGCACCUCCAGAACCACGGCGUUGACUACCUGCAGUUCUCCUUCCGCUGGAUGAACAACCUCCUCACCAGGGAGAUCCCACUCCCCUGCACCAUUAGACUGUGGGACACGUACUUGGCUGAGUCUGACGGCUUUGCUACCUUCCAGCUGUACGUGUGUGCAGCGUUCCUCCUCCACUGGCGCGAGCGUCUGAUGCUGGAGCGCGACUUCCAGGGCCUCAUGAUCCUGCUGCAGAACGUGCCCACGCACAACUGGACGGACUCCAGCAUCAGCCUGCUGGUGGCGGAGGCCUACCGCCUCAAGUUCGCCUUCGCCGACGCACCCAACCACCUCAACGCGGGCAAGUCGGACAGGUGACG